UACGUCAUCCGCUCAUGGAGGGAGCAGGGAGGAGGAGGAACCCCGUGUGGCGACGCUGGAAAAGGUCUUGGACGUACCAGCAGUGUUGAACGCGAUGUUGGAGAGGUUGUUUCAUCGGAUUUAGCUGUUUGAUGGUCUUAAGUACUUUCGUUGCACCUGACAUGGCGACGAUGGGAGGUGCCGCUGCCCUGCAGGCCUCCUGGCCCGGUUUCCAAUAUGUAACGACUUUUCCGCGGUACCUGCCUUUGUCGGGAUUGUUGUAACGCCAGUACGGAAUACCUGUGUGCAGUUGUGAGGAAAUCCACGUUGAAGGAGCUCGGAAGUUCGCGAAUUUUCCCAUCUAUGGUAGAGGGGUCCGCCAUCUUCCCUCCCCACCCAGCACCGCACAGGGAUCUCUGCGCCACGGCGGACGGUCCUUGAAUGACAAUGACCGUCAAACUUUCCGCCAGACUGCUCUGUUUUGGUCAGCAAGGAAAGAUGAGCACGUCGUCAUGUCGUCGGUUGCGUGGGCCGUAUCCGGACCCGGUUGGCAGGCGCGCACGCCUGCAGCGUGUGCCGUGUUCCCUACCCCUCCCACCCUGCGAGCCGCCCUCUCCCGUCUCCAGCAGCAGUGAGAUCCUCUCACCCACCCGAACGAUGUCUCCGAGCAUGUCCCCGCCGAACACUACCUCAGCCGAGAGGACCUCGACCUACGUCAGCCGCAGCGUGAGCUACUCGGGGCUAUCGAGCUCCUACCACCGCCCGUCCACCGCCUUCACCCGCUGGAGCUCGAUACACUCCGUGAAAGACAUGUCGUCGUCGUCGUCAGUGCCGGACAAGUCCAAGUACGAGAUGAAGCAGCUCAACACGAGGUUCAUGUCCUACAUCAAGAGAGUACACUUUCUCGAGGACCAGAACAAACUUCUGAAGGAUCAGAUCACUCUCAUGGAGCUGGGGGACACCAAGGGAGCUGAGCUGAAGAAGGAGAUGAGGGAGUUACGCGAACGGUGCGCGGAGCAGGCUGAGAGCGAGAGGAAGUUAGACUCCGAAAACAGGAAACUUCGCCACGAUCUCAGAGACAUGGAGGUCGAACUGCUGAAUUUCGACAAGAGGUCCACUUGCAGCGAGUCGUCCGAUAACCCGCCGACACUGGAGGACCUCGAACGAGAAAAAUCCCACCUUUCUGAAGAGUGUGACAGGCUACGAAGGGACGCCCAGGAAUACAAGGCAAAAUGGGAGGAUGAGUCUAAAAUGCGUGCAAAAAUAGCAGAAGACCUUUCUCGGACAAGACAGGAAUUAGCCAAGUUCAAGGUGGAACGAGAUGACCUGGAGAGAAGACUGACCCGGGAACAAGAAGAGGGCCAGCUCAUGCGACUGAGGGUAGAGGAAAAGAAAAGUGAGCUAGACACAGAAAAAGAUAAACAAGCCGAGGCCGCCCUGAAGAAGAAGAUGGAGGAACUGAGCAGCUGCGUGCAGAAAUAUCACGUCGAGCUGACAGAGACGCUACAGCGCAUGUCCGUCCAGCAGGAGGACAGUGCCCGGAUGUCAAAGCAGGAGUUGGAACAGUGGUACAGGACACAGUUGGAGGAAGCAAAAGCGGCGGCGGCGAAGGACGCAGAGACACUUACAGAAACGCGAGACGCCUUGCUGCAGAGCGAGACGCUAGUCGGGCACCUGUCAGACGAGAUAGACAUGCUAAGAAGUCAGAACUCGAGUCUAUCAAAGCAGCUUCAAGAGGCGGAGAAAGCUGUGGACGAAAACACCGUCAAAUACGAGGAGAGCAUCCGGGCACUGGAGACGGAGCUGCAUGCCCUGAAAGAGGACACCGCCACUCAGAUCAUGGAGAUCGUGCAUCACGUGAUGUCGCUGACCAAUGCGCGCGUGGCAUUGGACCUCCAGAUUGACUCUUACUUUGACAUACUGGGCAAGCGGAAAUCAGAUACUGAAGAGGCUGAUACAGUCAAGAAACAGAAAUCCCUGGUCCUGCCGGCGUUACCGAUAGCAGAGGAUAACAGAGUUCCCAUGGACACGACUGACGCAUGCGCACAAGACUGUAUGAGUGAUGAAAACGCGAACACGUCCCCCAUCAUGGCGGACGAAGUCGCUGCUGGUAGCGGCCAUUGACCUCGCUUUCGCCACUUGAGAAAUGGUAGUAGGAGAUUUUACGACAGGCAUGCAUGGACCAUUCCAGGGACCAGGAAUUUACGACGACGUCAAGACCAUCCGAUUUGCGGCAAUCGCGCGUUACAACGUUGAUCGUUCGGAUUUAACCUGUAAGAGAGAAGAAAAAACACACGGAUUUACCUAUAAGAGAGAAGAAAAACAACGUCUACACACAAUGAAGAUAUAUAAAAAGAGGCAGACACAACC